GCCAUUUUGAAUGGAAGCUGUGGUCUGUGUAUUCUAAUAGUGCAAAGAUUAGGCUCUGCAGAAUGAUCCGAAACAUACGUAAGUAGACAAGACACAGCUUUGACUCAUUCAACAUAUUUAUAGCUAAUCCUUUCUAAUGCUUCUUCCUUAAAUGCCCUUGUGAGUCCGAAAACAAUUGCAAUAAUACCACAUUUGAACAUGUACUUUGUGACUGAACAUGAUGAAUAAGAAAACAAGGAAGGGAAGGUUACAGCCAUUUAAAACAGUAACGCCUUGAGGGUAGACGUCUGCUACGCCCCUCACGAGGGCUGGCCUCGAGGGAAUGAGAUCACCCAAAAGCCCAUUUUUCAGUUAAUCUUCUCGUUUGUGUGACUGAGCCGUAGUUCCAAAGAAUGGCUGUGAAUGUGAGAAGAUUUUACGACCUGACAGCCAGGCUGCUGUCUGGAGGAAGCUUCAGUUUCUCCUCGCUAAAGGGCAAGGUUGUUCUCAUCGAGAAUGUGGCGUCUCUCUGAGGAACAACCACCAGGGACUACACUCAGAUGAAUGAGCUCCACAGUCGCUACUCGACCGAGGGCCUCGUGAUCCUGGGUGUGCCCUGUAAUCAGUUUGGACAUCAGGAGAACUGCAAGAACGAUGAAAUCCUACAGUCUCUGAAGUAUGUCCGUCCAGGGAAUGGCUUCGAACCCAAGUUCCAGCUCCUCGAGAAGGUGACCGUGAAUGGAGAGGAUGCCCACCCCUUGUUUGUAUAUCUGAAGGAAAAGCUUCCAUUCCCCUGUGAUAAUGCCAUGGCUCUCAUGACCGAUCCAAAGUUCAUCAUUUGGAGUCCCGUCAGUAGGAACGACAUCUCCUGGAACUUCGAGAAGUUCCUGAUUGGUCCCGAUGGGGAGCCCUACAAGCGCUACAGCAGAAAUUUCCUCACCAUUGAUAUUGAGGCAGAUAUCAAAGAGCUACUGAGGAGAGUCAAGUAAUGCUGUGGGGGACUUAAAGGAAUAUCAUUUAUAACCAAUUCCGUCCGACUAGUUUCACUCGUAUUACUUUUUAUUUGGGAUUUCCUCAUUCGUUUCCACCUGCACAUGCCAGUUGCUGCACGGUGAUGUUUGUACACUAUGGUUGUUCAGCCUAUUUACUCAAUGAAGACACUCUUUGAAACCUUUUGGCGUGGGGAGUUUCUGAUGACCAUGUAAAAGACUGAUUCGGCCCGUAUAACUCGUGCAAGGGGAGGAUUCAAAGCGGAGAAAAAUAAACACAUAAUGUCAUAUCAAAAGGUUCUUCAUU